GUGGGACAAAGGGGGCCAUAAAACUUGCAAUUCAAUUGAUCCUAAUGGAUCCAUGUUGGCCCAGGUGCAUGUUACACGUUUCGGCAAUCCUCACCAAAAGGCCAAAAAAAACUACACGCCAGGUUGGGCGACUAAAACCAUCCACAGACUUACGGUUAAAGCUACUGUUAUCUCAUUGAAUUGCUCGCAACGCGACUCUUAAGUUAUACUGUGUUGACGGAGAACCUACAGGUAUCUCCCUCCACCUCUUGUCUCCGGACGGAACCGCUCGCUUCGCCAGUCACCACAUAACGUAUGCUUGCCGAAUAAGAAAGAAACGAGUCCAACAAUCUCAGUUUUGUUCUAUUGGCUCCCUUAACAAUUAGGCCAUGAUUACUGCGCAGAGAAGUUCUUCGGGGUCUUCGCUUAGCCCUAGAUCUCCUACAUCACCGCCUUACUUAUCAGUUUCGGUGACUGAUCCUGUCAAAUUAGGCAAUGGCGUCCAGUCUUACAUCUCUUAUCGCGUCAUUACCAAGACAAACUUUCCAGAAUACCAAGGGCCUGAAAAGAUUGUUAUUCGACGUUACAGUGAUUUUGUCUGGUUACGAGACCGUCUUUUUGAGAAGUACAAAGGUGUUUUUAUUCCUCCUCUUCCAGAGAAGAGUGCUGUAGAAAAGUUCCGUUUCAGUGCUGAAUUUAUCGAGUUGAGGCGUCAAGCACUAGAUAUAUUUGUGAAUAGGAUAGCAUCACACCAUGAGCUACAACAAAGUGAGGAUCUGAGAACGUUCUUGCAGGCAGAUGAAGAGACAAUGGAGCGAUUAAGGGCUCAUGAGACUGGUAUUUUUAAGAAGAAGCCAGCUGAUUUGAUGCAAAUAUUCAAGGAUGUUCAAUCUAAAGUUAGUGAUGUUGUUCUUGGGAAGGAGAAACCAGUUGAGGAGUCGAAUCCUGAAUAUGAGAAGUUGAAAAAUUAUAUCUUCGAACUUGAAAAUCACUUGUCUGAAGCUCAGAAGCAUGCAUAUCGUCUUGUAAAGAGGCACAGAGAAUUGGGGCAGUCUCUAGCAGAUUUUGGGAAGGCAGCCAAACUCCUUGGUGCUUGUGAAGGAGAUGCCCUUGGGAAGGCAUUCUCUGACCUUGGGGCUAAGUCAGAAACACUAUCCAUCAGGCUGCAGAAGGAGGCUCAUCAAAUUUUAAUGAAUUUUGAAGAACCUUUGAAAGAUUAUGUUCGUGCCGUACAAUCUAUUAAGGCUACCAUAGCUGAGAGGGCCAAUGCCUUCAGGCAUCAGUGUGAGCUGGCUGAAACAAUUAAAUUGAAGGAGAUAAAUCUUGACAAGCUCAUGUUGACGCGAUCUGAUAAAGUUGGAGAGGCUGAGAUUGAGUAUAAGGAGUUGAAGGCAGACAGUGAAGAAGCAACGAGAAGAUUUGAGAACAUCGUGAGAAUGAUGAAUGAAGAGAUAGUACGUUUUCAAGAACAGAAAACACUGGAAAUGAGGAUAGCUUUCCAUGAAUUUUCUAAAGGACAGGCACGGUUGGCUAAUAGCAUUGCAGAUGCUUGGCGAAGUCUCCUUCCUAAACUCGAAGCUUGUUCAUCUAAGCUCGAAGCUUGUUAAUCGUAAUGGUCUGAUGCCAAAAAAAGCUUGUUCAUUGUAAAGACUUAAGAUUUGUAGGAGUUACUUCUCUUUCUGCCGUUGUAUGAGAUUUGCAAUUUCUUGUACAAGUUGAAGUUAUAAUUGAACAGGUGGUGAGUACACCUGAAAGCAAAAAAGUGAAAACGAUCAAAAUCCAUCUCAAGCUUCGGACCCUUUUCAAUGUUCAAAGUGAUACUUGAUACUCCUCUAAUGUCCGAUAUUUUCUUCUCAAUCUUCCA